CCCGCCCGCGGUGAACGUCUCUUCUCCGCCCGCGUCGCGUCACGUCCCGGGAAGAAGGGGAGGGAAAGGUGAUGGUUGAGCCAAGUUCUCGCCGCCUUCAUCAGGCAGGGCGUAACACCGCAGAGUAUCGCAGCUAGUUUCCCCCUUUUGACAAACCGCAACUGUACAGUACAGUACAGGACAAUAGCACAAGCCACCACACCACUAUGGACUACCACUUUGAGGACAAGCCCUUUCCUCUCUUUGCAAGGUGGAACGACGGAGAGACGCAGUGCACUAGCGACUGCCUCACGACUACCGUGUACGAGACGCAGUACUACGACGAGCACGGACGGACGACGACGUGCCUGACGACGGCGACUGAAACGACGUGGCAACCUGCCAGACCACCAGCGACGCCAGCCCCGGGGCAGCCGGCCACAACAACGGUAAACGUACAGACGGUGACGAUGACGCAGACGAGCAUCAUCAAGGAAGGAUCGCAAAUGUCGCCAACAGCAGCAGCGCCCAUGCCCUCACCAUCUCCUCACCCACCAACCUCACCCACCGCACAGCCCCCGGCCCAGAGCACAAAGAGCUACGACCUGUGCGACUGCGAGCGCCAGUGGGUCAAGCUUUUUCUCGGCGGGCUACCACACGGGGCGGGCGAGGUGUUUGCCUGCCUGGCUUUUUUCUUUCCCCUUGCCGUUCUGCUCGUCGUCUGCUUUCUCCGUGUGCUUCGAUGGGGCCUGCACGACCGCGAGAUCCUCUUUCUCCUCCUUCCCACGCUCCUCUUUUUGCUCCUCUUCGUCGCGGCACUCCCCACGCGUGCGUACGUCGCGACCAACGGCGACGCCGGGAUAGACACGACGAACCACUACCUGGCCCAGCAUGUCCUCUUCACUAUCGCGCCCAGCCUCCUCGUCGAGUCAGCCCUCCAGCUCUAUGGCUUUCUCUCACGGAGAAGCGUCCGGGGCCAGUGGGUCGAUUCGUCAGCCCUCGGUCUCCGUGUCGUCAACUUUGUCGCCCUCGUCUUGUACAUUGUCGCUUCGGCCACCUUUGUCGGGUUCGUCAAUGGAUGGCAGGUUGGGACGACAAGCUGUUGGAGCCACACACCCGCGUUCGUGGGGAGGCUCACCAUCGUCGCGGACAUCCUCGAGCUCAUCGUCCUCGCCCUCGCCCUCAUCUGGUGAGUAGUCUAGAAUGAGAAGGACGGACUUGAAUUAGAGCUGAGAAGAGCGCAUAUACAGCCUCGUCAUGGCCCGCUGGCGCCUGCGCAUCCAG